AGCACAGUCGCGACAUUUCGACACUUUACGGCAGAGCGGUUGGUUGUGGGAGCUGUAGUUCAAUGUGUUCGAUUGUAGCUCAAUGAUUAGCACAACCCCAACGCAUGCAUGUAUGCACACAAUACGCGUCACAAAUGGCAUAUUUCACGUAGUCAUACAUGAGAUCGAUUAUUUCGUUACGUUAAAGUCGUGUAAGGACAAUCUCUAAACAUCGGUAGUUUGUUUGAUUCAGGACGUUUGAACUUAUGGAUGUGACGUUGCUAAGCAACCCUGGACUCAUACUAGAGCUCUAGUUAGCCUGAUGGCUAGCUGAGCACAAAAGCUACCUAUGGGUUGUGAUGAUACUAACACGUGCAUAUAAUCAUCUUUACUUUGCUACCUGUUUUUUUGUAUCGUAGCACUAUGAAAGCGCCAUCUCGUUGUUACCCAACACGUUGCCGUCUGCGAUACAGACAUAAGUAAGAUCCCUGGUGAAUUAUCUGUUCCCAUGGCUUUCUGCCUGGCUGAGCUUCACUUGUGGUCAACGAAGAGCUCCCUCCAAGUCAAAGACACUGACAUUGGCACCCAUCAGUACUACCAUAAAGGGGAGCCAGUCGCCGAUUCACAGACCAAACACUACUACAAUGACAAACUCAAAUUUUCAGAAGCCCGAGGGUAUUCAUGGACGCCCCAGAACCGGCGGCCAGAGAAGCUCCGUGAUUCGUUGAAAGGGUUAGAGGAACUGUUGCAGACUAAGACUUGUGUUCACACCAGAUGGAAGAACAAGCAAUGCUGCCAGUUAAUGUUGAGCAGUGGGGUCCUAAUCACCCUCACCCUGAACGGUCCCCAGCUGGAGAGAGUGUGUAUAGACCACGCAUUGGUGGGACGACUCCCGGGCCACACUGUGACUGACGCGGUGCUCACUGAUAGGCUAUUGCUGUUGUCCUUCCUGGAGCAAAGCCAGGUGGGUGUGGUAUACCUGGGUAGGAGGAGCCAGGGCUCCCCAGAGGUCAACAGACGGCAAGAGAAACUCUCCGCUUCUGAAAUGAAGGUGGUGUGUGUGGAGCUGGGCAGUGGAUCGGGCCGUCGGCUGGUCAGACGCGUGACCCUCAACCCCCUUGAGGACGUGGCGGUGUGUUGGUGGCCCCAGGACGACCCCAGCCAGGGCCUAUGGCCCUCGGCCCUGGGACCCGCACACACAGACACACACAACCUGGUCAUGCUGGGCUGCUCUUCUGCGGACACACUCAAGGUGCUGAGCUCUGUAAGGACGGAGGGCCAGCCUCUGCACUGCCACUUCAGCCAGCUCCAGCCCCACCAGCUGCUGACAGUGGAGCUGAGACCCCGGUCCCAAGGGGAGACGUCCUGGGCGGUGGAUGCUUGCGCGUACGACUGCGCACAGGGCCUCCUCCAACGCACGUCCGUCACACGUAUCCCACUGCAGGCCGAGCCCAUCUCCUGCUCCCGCCACCCCGCUGAGACUCUGCUGCUCCUGGGCCUCAGCGACUCCUCACUGGUGCUCUACGACCAGCGAGGGGGCGGGACGUGCUGCAACGUCACCUGCACGGCCCCUCCCGCGUUCCUGGCCUGGCAUCCUUCAGGGGGCCUGGUGGUGGUGGGCGGAGGGCAGGGGGAGCUGAUGUGCUUCGACGUGGGGCUGGCACCUCUGGGGGUGCGGUUGGUGGCCGAGGAGCUCGCCAACGCCCCCGCCACGCUGAGGCUAUCUGAGCACCUGCGCUGCACCGGAGGGCUGGAGGGGCUUCACUGGGGCAUGGGCCCGGGCUGCCAGCCGGAGGGGUGUGACCUCCUGAUGCUGGCCCUGCAUGGAGGACCUCUGGCUGCCCUCAAAUUCAGGCUUGGAGUGGUGAGCGGGGGGGGACUGGGCCCGUCUGAGCUUCUCCAGGAACGCCUGCGCUGGGGACAGGUCGGCCCGGCACUGGGGAUCCUCAAGGCCUUGGACUGGGACCCAUCGGGGGAGCAGUGCUACCGCGGGCUGAGUCUGAUAACCAUUCAUCUGCUGAGGCUUGAUCUGAACGCAGAGAGAGAGGCCCAGCUGGAGGCAGCCCUCGGUGUGUUCUAUGCCCCACCUGUCCCCCUCCCUGACGCAGUAGUCCUGGAUUAUAGAGAGCCAAUCAGCUCCUACGCACGGCGUUUCUUCCACCACCUCAUCAGGCACCAGCGUUUGGAGAAGGCUUUCCUGCUAGCCGUGGACCUCAGGGCCAGAGACCUGUUCAUGGACCUCCAUUAUGUGGCCGUUGAUAAGGGCGAGAUGGUGCUGGCGGACGCGGCCAGGAGGAAGGCCCGUGAGGCGGAGUUCCCCGCCAUCGCCGCCGCCACUGAAGAGUCUUCAAGAGGUAGGAGCGGGAUGUGUAGCCUGUCCCUCAGUGAUAGACACACAGAACGACCAAUCAGCAAACAGACUGAGAGGGACAAGGAAGCCACCGACCCAGCUCUUCUGCUCCCUCCCACAGCACGGGUUGCUCGAGAGAACAAUCACGCAAGACUUUGUGAAGACGAUCUACUACUCACCAUUCAGGGAUGGAGUCUAGCAGGAACCAUCAGGAUGGAUGAAGAUGAACCCAGUAAGAGAGACGACCCUGGUACACUUGAGGUUAUUGAUCUAGGACGUGUGUAAACACAAACCUGUUGUUACUUAAGCAGAGUGGGUCUGCCCUGUAGAGCUGGAGGGCACAAGCUGCACCCUUUACAAGUGGGUUAGAACCCAGGCCGAGAGAGUGUGGUAAUAACUCACCUAUAUUGUUUUAUUACAUUUUUAUCUAACAAGCAAAUGUUGGUGAUAACACUAUUGUUUUAUCAAUGCAAAAAGAUUCAACAAUAAUACACAGUGAUUAUGUAUUGGACUUUUACGUAAUGAAUCAAAUGAGUUGUACAACAAGAAGAUGAUUGUUCACACUUAUAUUAUAAGAUAUUUAAACAACAGAAUAAAGAACUUGCAGUGGGACGCUGUGCUGUUUGUUGAGUGCUUUCAGUGGAACGUCGUCAC